AUGGCUUUCGUCUUUAAAACUUUUUUGACGUUACUUACUUACCUCAUUAUCGUACAAAACGUCUCUUUAUUACCCAUUGAUCUAAAUUUGAAUCAUUCAAGAACUACAGAAGAUCUGAUUUCAAGUUAUGAUGACAAAAGUGGUGAUGUUUUAGUAAGGAUCAGAAAAGCAUCAGUUAAAGUUGGAUCGUGUCCAAGAGGAAAGGAACGUUAUAAAGGAAGAUGCAGGACUCAGGAAGAAAUUCAACUCCUACGUGACAACGAUUAUGACGACAACGUAACUGAACCUGCCUUGUAUGAGGUAGUACCACUCAUCCGAAAAGAAACUGUUCCAAAAUCUGGAAUUGUUCAUAAAUACGAAAUCCUGACUUCCACGGAAUAUGAUAUUGAGACUAGCACAGUGACUCUACUGGAGGUUACAGAUUCAGAAUUAGACACCACAGAGAGUACACUUGAUAUUGAUGCAAAAGAAAUCCAUGCAGUUUCUCCUACACUCAUUUUUGAAGACGACAAUGGUGCAGAUUCAGAGAGACUGAAAAAUUUGACGUACACAUUACUCAUUGUUUUCGUCGCCGUUGUGGUACUGUUUUGGUUGUUUAAAUUACUUUACAAUUAUCUACGGAGAGAAGACUAUACAGUUUCACAUUCGUGCUCCAAUGAUGAGGUGUGUGGUGCGAUGUCUUCGCGAUGUCGAUUAUGUUCGUAA